UGUGAAAGCUUUACAGUUGUCUUGUUAAGUUAUCCAUUCACAUGCCAUUUAAGAUGGAAACUGUGGAUGAGUGCCUCUUCACACAACUCUGACCAGUCAACAUCAAAAUAAAUAGUUUUAUUGCCCUGCUGCUGGGUUGUUAUCAGCUACCCAGCCGAAUAGUCUGACUUUUAAGACCACACAAUCUGUUUCAGGCUUACAAGAUAUUUGUAUAGAGGAACUGCAAAAAAUAAAACAAAAAUAUGUUAGUCAAGAUCAGUUUGGGACAAGUUUGCUUUUUCAUUACAAGUUUGAUAUACAUUAUCAGAGCUAGUAAAGACCCAUCACUAAAUAAUGUUUUGGAAGUGAUCAGCAACCAAUAUAAUGCAAAACGCAAUGACGAUAACAGCUUUGGAAGACAAAAUUCCAUGUCAAAAUCAACUGUGGAUAUUCACCUUGAUCCUGAUGUUAAUAAAAAUUUGGUAAGCUAAUGGUAUGUUAACUAAUUAAACUAGUUGGGUCCUUGCUACUUGCAAAUUAAAGUUCAACCUCAAAAAAAAAGUUAACAUUUGGUCAUAUAUAUCGAGAUGGAGUAAUUUCUUUUCUAGAAAAAUUGGUGCUGGUAUAAUGAGAUACAUCUGAAGAUAGGUUUUGGGUUUAUAGUUAGCUGAGAAGAAAUGUUCAUGUGUACAUUUAAAAGAAUAUACACAUGAAACAAUAAUUUUCUGUAUAUCCUAAGACUUAAGUAAUAUUUAACCAAUAUUUAUUUCCAUUUAUCAGACAGAGUUAAUUUUAAGUCAAGGGUACCCAUCAGAAACGUACACUGUCCAGACCAGUGAUGGCUUCUUGCUAGACUUGCACCGUAUACCUCAUGGCAGAAAAGGUUCACAUUUCAACUACAGAAAAAACAGCAAAGGUGUUGUCUAUCUUCAGCAUGCUCUUCUCUCUAGUGCAUGUGACUGGGUUUUGAAUUUUGCAGAUGACAGUCUUGGUAAGUUAACAAUUUAAUAUUUUAAUUGAUCUUUAACUAGUUAUUCUUAAAUGAAGUAUUUUAAAAUUAAAAGCUUUAUGUUGUAUGAAAUUUAUCUUAUGGCCACAGGGAAUUAAUAAUCUCAGCUUGUUUUUAGACCAGAUCUUAAACUUUAUUAUGGUACUGUGAGAAUCUCAUUUUAAUUGUUUAACUUUUUUCGAGGGGAAAGAGGAUAAUCAUUCCGUUAACUAAAGCUAAAAGUUUUGGCGUGCUUAAAUUUUGAAUUAUGUUAAGCAGAACUCUGAAAUUAGCUAAGCUGACCAUAGUUUAGAACCUUUGACCAAUCUGAUUAUGACUUUUCUUAAAUAUUAUCUAGAAAGAGUUUUAUUAAUAACAUGAUAUUUCUUUCCCAUUUAGGAUUUAUAUUAGCUGAUGCUGGAUAUGAUGUAUGGAUGGGGAACUCAAGGGGAAAUACCUAUUCUCGGAAACAUGCCACCCUAGAUCCAAAUAAUCCUAAAUUCUGGGACUGGAGGUAAUAAAUAAAUAUAAUAUUACAUGCAUUAAAUCUUUUAAGAAUUCUAUUUGAAGUUAAAAUAUUAGCAGUCUUGCAUAAAUACCAUCAAAAUUAUAGAAAGAUGCUUUAAACUAAGUUGAAAGUAUUAUUUUGAAGUCAUAUCAUGCAUCAUAUAUGCCUGUUAUUUAAUUUUACAAUGAAUUUACAUGUCAUUAAAUAAAUUUUAUUACGUCAUAUAUUUUAAUACUUAAAUCUGUAUGAAAAAAAAAUUAUUCAGGGAUUGAGAUUUCAAUCAAACUUUUCAGUUUUGAUGAGAUGGCUAAAUAUGAUGUGCCAGCUUUUUUAGAGUUUGUGUUGAAUGAAACUGGUGAGACAUCUCUUUACUAUAUUGGGCAUUCACAAGGCACAACAAUGGCAUUUGCAUUAUUCUCUCAACGUCCAGAUAUUAGAAAAAAGGUAUAACCUAUCUGCCAGCCCACACCAAUUUUAAAUACGAUAUCUACUUUUUUGUUUUAUAAUCUCUACAUUUAACAAGUCCAAGGAAAAGAAUCAAUAUUAAUAAUUAAUCUACAACACUUAAUGAGAAUAACUCAUAUCUAUAUUACCUUACAAUUAGUUCAGCCAUACAUUUCAUUUGGGUUUAACCUCAUAAUGUUCUAUUGAUAAGCAGUUGCCUAUUAGAUCUUUAGCAUUAUUUGCUCUAGGGAUUUUUCAGUAGAGUAAAAAAAAAUUGAAUGGUCAUCAAAUAAAAAAUAUUUCUUAUAAUGUUGUUUUACUAAUUUACUUUUAUAGAUCAAACUCUUUGUUGCAUUAGCUCCAGUGGCUCAUAUCAAUUACAUCAAGUCACCCAUUAAAUAUUUGGCUGAGUUUCCUGACCAGGUAUGUCUUAGUGAAGGAAAAUUUAUUAGUUUUAUGUUUUAAAUUUGUGUUUGUACUUUUUAAUAAUAUUGCUGGUGUGAUGCUUAAUCGAUAUUUAGUGAUCAUUGGAUCUUAUAUGGAGUGUUUUGUCAUAUAUACAUAUAAUUUGUACAUUUUAUGUUAAUCGGAUUGAAAUAUUAAACAAAUAAAAUGUACUUUAUUUCCAACCUGUUUACUUUUAGGUGAUUAUUUAAAAGUAUGUUCCAACAAUAUUAUUAAGUGAUCUCAAUGCUUCAUAGUGAAAUGGAUUACAUCUCCCAACUUAUCAUUAGCAUAAACUUAUAGAAUUUCAGCACCUGAUAAUUAUAUAUCUUUUCUUAAUCUCAUAUUAGCUCUUGUACGACACCUUUGGACGGCGAGAUUUUCUCCCCAACAAUGAUAUCCUCAAGUUUCUAGUAGAUACAUUUUGUGGGGAUGUCCUUACAAGAUGGGUGUGUUACAAUCAACUCUUCUUGUUUAGUGGAUUUGACCUUUCAAACCUUAAUCAGGUAAACUUGUGAUAUAUAAAUUUGAUUACACUUAGAGAAGGUGAGAUUGUUGACCCUACUGAAAUAGCUAUUGUUACCCUCUUGAAAACUGUGACGUAAGAAAAGCUUUAAAAAUAUUAAAACACUUUCCUUAUGGGAGACUUAUUUGCCCAUUUUUUUUAUAUUUCUCUUUAAGGCCUGAAUAAAAAUAACCCAGUAAAAUUAAAUGUAUUUCUCAUUGUGUUUUUAGAGUCGUCUGCAGGUGUAUAUGAACCAUUCCCCAGCUGGGGUAUCAACCAAAGAUAUGGUGCACUUUGCUCAGGUAUUUUGAGCUUGUUAUAGUUCUCAUUAACUGAUUGAUUAGAUAACAUUCUAUAAUGUAAAGCUUUCUGAUUAAGGCUACAAAUGCUGGUUUGUGAGGUGUAUUCAGAAAAAGGGCUAUUCAGAUUCCAUCCAUGUUCUUCCAUAUUACAGAAGUGUUUUUUCCACUGGUGACUGGAAGCCACUAAGUCACCAGUUUAGGUUUAUAAGCAAAAGAGUUUCCCUCAUGCACUUGAGGUUUGAACCAGUUGCUCACCCAUAAAUUUUUGUAUACAUUUUCUAUUUGCCUUGGACAUGUCAUAGUUUAGAUAAUUGUAUUGAUCUAGCAAAAGGAAUUAAAGACUAUUUAUUUACACAAUUUUUAUGUCACUUUAACAGAAAGUUAGGUGGGAUUUUUAUUAAAGUUUAAAAAUAAAAAGUCAUUUCCUUUUUAUUAUCAGAGGUAAAAAUGUAUUUUUAAUUUUUUGUAAAAAAAAUUAUGAUAAAGUUGUCUAGCAUUCUUUCAGAUGCAUAGAGAACAAAAGUUUAUGAUGUACAACUUUGGAUCAGCAAAAGAAAAUGAGAAAUACUAUAACCAGGUAAUUCUAAAACAUAUUUAAUUAGGCUUUAUCAUUGCUUGGGUCAUGUGAUUGGAUAUUUGUUUGAUAGAUUAUGUAAACAGGUAGUGUAGGAGAGUGAACAUUUUUUAAAUGGAUGUUGCUUUAGCACCAAAACAACGGACCAACCAAACAUGCUAUUUUGGUAAGUUUGCUGCUGGUAUUUGGAAGUAAAUUAUUUUCUUAAGAUACCGGUAUUGAACAUUUAAAAAAAAAAUCUAAUUACCUAUUAAAUCUAAUAGAUAUAUUUUUUAAUUUUCCCCUGAUAUCCACCUCAAAAGUCUGUCAUAAAUUUCAAAUUCUGUUAACGAUGAUUAACUCUUGAUUUUUUUCUGGACAGACUGAGCCACCAACAUAUGAUCUCACUCAAGUGGAUGUCCCAGUUGUUGCAUUUACUUCAACCAAUGAUUGGCUGUCUGACCCUCAGGUAUUUUAAAACAUAAUUAUUUUAUUCUGUUGCUUUUUUAACCUGCUCAAUUUAGAUAAAUUGUUGUAGACCUUAUUAAUGAACAAGCAACUAAAUUCUUGUCUCAGUUUUCAAUGCAAAGCUGAGAAUCUUCACUCAGUGGGUUUGUAAUGAUUGAAUACGUUUUUGAAACAUUUUAUUUUAUUGAAAUAUCUUUUCCUGUGAUAGACUAAACUUAUCAGACUCCCCUCAUAUAAAUGAAAGAAAUUAUGAAAUCCUCUGUUAUUAAUUUUUGAAUAUUAAUAUCAUUAGAAUACUAGAAGUAACCCCCUGAACAAUGAUUAAGUUAUUUGACAAAACAUGCUUUUAAGUAUCGCACUUAAUAACAGCCAUACAUAUAUACAUAGAAAAUUAUUAUUUAUGAUGAUAAUUUCAUGUUUGAUUUUAAAUAAUAUUUGAUCUUCAUACUGCAGGAAAUGUGGCAGAAUUCAACACUUAUUGCAUUUGUUAUAUAUUCCCAGGAUGUUGCUGAAUUGUUUAAGACUCUGCCUAACCUGAAGGCUAAAUAUGAAAUACAGGGCUGGAAUCACAUUGAUUUUACCUGGGGCAUGGAUGCUGCUAAAAGAUGUUAUGGUACAAUUCUGCAAUGGUUAGUUCAAUUUCAAAAAGCCAAGUAAUAUGGCACCAUUCAAAAAUUGUAAAGUCCAUUAAAAAAUGCCUUUUAUAAAACUACUCUAAAACUAUUGUUUGUAUACAACUACUAUGAAAUGCAAAGUUUAAAAAAAUUUGUUUAAUAUCUUAAACUGGAAGGCAAUAAUUACAAAUUUAGAUAAGAUAGAAACACCUUUACCAAUCAAGUUCAUUACUGUUAAAGUAAUUUGCAUUUGAAUCUUUAUUUUGUUUAAAGGCUCUAAACUUAAAAGUUAUUCUCUUUUCUUUAAGCUUGGUCAAGAUUCAGCUUAGUUUCAAUGAACAGUAAUUUUACUGUGCUAGUAGAAAAUUGAAAUUAUUGUGACCUCACAGUCAAUGUGAUCUUAAAUGUUUACCAUUAAAGUAUUCUGAACUAUCUCAGUUUCUUUCUAAUUCGGGUUUUUUCAAUGUAAAUUCAAAAGCUCAUUAAACUUUUAUUUGCUUUUAUUUUCUACAAAAUGUUUACCUUAAAAAUAAUAUUUUACAACUGUCACAUACAGUUCCAUUCAAGUUGGAGCUUAACAAAGUUUUUUUGUACAAUUUUAAUUACACGAUGGAUGAGUAUAUUCUUUGUAUAAAAAGUGUUGUUACUGGAAGUUUCAAGCAUUUUGUACAAUUUUGAUUUAAUAUUUAGCAGGACCAAAAAUAAACAGAUAUCAAGGCUGAUGUUUAGUAAUGUAUAUAGGCAUUAUGUUUAAAAUUCCUUUAAAAAAGUAUAUAUAUUAAAAUUUAGAAAAAAAAAUGUAACAUUAAAUAAGUUAGGCCUACCGUAAUUAGUAAAAAACUCCAUUGCCUAACCAAUUAUAGUUUAAAGUGUUACAAAAACAAGGAAAAUGACUAAUGGAUACAUUUGUCAGAGAUUGGCUGUCGACUCUGUACAAAGGAAAAAAUGUUCAGGCUGAAAAAAAACAAAAACAAGUAAAUAGCCUCAAGCUAAUUCUAAAUUUCUUCAGUGGGUUUUGCCCUUUUUGAAUGCUGAUGAAGACAAAUUAUAUGUGAUCUCCUAUGUUGAGCUUCACCUUAACUUAUAUUAUUAAAAAAAAUUUCCUGGCAUUAUCCUUUUUGCUAAACUUCAUUUUAUAUCAAGUGGAUACAAUUUGUAUACAACUUUUGGCAUAUCAAGCUUGUAUAAAUAUAAUUUUUUCAUUCUUUGAAAUAUGUAAUUAUAAUUUAAACAUAUGCAUCCCUUUAAUUUAGUAUAUUUCUAACUGAUCUUUAAAGUUAGUUUAAAUGUGCUAUGCAAUAUUACUACCAAGCUACUGAAAUAGUUUUUGAAAUGCAGUUAACAGACAAGACCAACUCCAAGUAGCCUUUGAUAUAUUUUGGGGGUUUAAAUUGUCACAUCUGUGGGUUAACUUUUAACACUUUAUUUUUUAUUGCAAUGUACUGUUUAGUCAUAUAUGAAUAGAUAAUAAAAUCCAUUGUUCAGUUAAGUUGCAAAGCUCUUGAACAACUCUUAGUUAUUUAAGUAAUACACAUACAUUUUUAUAACAGUGAACAAAGCUAAUACAACCACAAUGCCUUGUAAAGUCUUUCAUUUUAUGAAAUAUUGCAUUUAAAAUGAAAUAACAAUAAAUAAAGGCUCAUUAAACUUGUAAUUGCUUGCUUACUAUAUUCAAGUAAAUGUCAAUGAAGAAGCAUUAUUUAAUGCAUAAGCUUGCAUUUCAUGUGUCCAGUUCAAAUGUUAUUUUCCAAUAAUUUAAAAUAAAACAUCUCUAGAUAAAAGUUUUUUUUUAUUUAUAAAUGUUUUGAUGAAGCUUAGACCUCUGAUCCACUUGAACAAAAAGAAAAUAACAGUUGGAUACUAAUGGUCAUUGGAUAUAUUUCUUCUAAAACUAGUUAAAAAAUUAUCUUUUGGCAUUAUUUUCAAUAUAACCAUCUGAGCACAUAUGAAAUACAUUUUAAAAAAGCAUUUAUGUCUAUUUCUUAUCUAUAAUAUAAUUUUUUUAAAUUUACACAUCAUUAUGACAUCAUUAUAUUCUGAUUAACUGAGAUAUAUUAACUAUUAAUAACAUAUGCAUUUGUCCUUAGGUAAUAAAUUAAUUUUUUCAAAACAAUAACUUAACACAAAUACAUAUUCAUUUACUAAAACCAAUGAAGAAAAUCCCUUGAGAGUACUUUUUUGGUCCGUUCUAAUCAAAUGCAAAGAAGGAUUUAUCUUGAAGAUGAACUUCUGGAAUGGCCACCUCCAGAUUCUGUAGCUAACUUCUCAGCUGAUGAAAGGCGCUGCCUUUUGGUACUGCUUCUUUGACCUGUCAGGCUCUCUGACCAAAGCACCGAAGGGUCUCUGUGAUUUCACGUUUUUUCAGGCAACAUUCAGACGAGGAAGAGAAGCUUGGCAUCUCCACCUGGAAAUAAAAACUUAAACUUAGCUUAAAUAAGACUGAACCUUCUGCUGAUCAUGAUAUAUUGUUUCCUGGAAACUCCAUCUGGUCUGUUUGUUAAUGGCUUAAAAUUUUCUGUUAAAGUGUUCAAAUGUAUAUAGGUAAUUAAAAAAAAGUUCAUCAGUAUUUUAGCCAAGCUCCAAAACAAGAGAUUACAUAUUAUUUUAUUUUUGUAUGCAUAAACUUAAAGCACUAAUUAUUCACUAUUUUUAAAGCUUUAGCAACAUAUACCAUGUGUGUUAAAUCUUAAUUUAACAACUUUUUAUAAACUAAAUUACUGUGCCUUAUUCAAGUUAUUGUAAAUAACUCUCAUAGGCUUUACCAGAAAGUCUGUUAAGAAAUGUGUCAAUCUUUAAGGCACAUGAGUUGGGUGCUAAGCAAGUACAAAAAGGACAUCAGCAAGUGCAGAUCAACUUUUUGUUUUCCUGACAUUCCUGUAAAGAUAAUUUAUGUAUUUUAUGCAUUAAAUUGUUUCAAUGCUUGUAUUUCUACAUGCUCAGAAUAUUUAAUCUGCAUGUUAAUAAAAAAAUGUUCACGUU